AUGGCGUUCUCUGAUGCGAGGAAGGAGCUGGACUGUUCCAUCUGUCUGAACAUUUAUACCAAUCCUGUAAUGCUAAAAUGUGGACACAGCUUCUGCCGGGACUGUAUUGAAAGUGUUCUGGAUACACAGGGGGGGUCCGGAGUUUAUUGCUGUCCUGAAUGCAGAGAAGAGUCCCAGGUGCGGCCUCAACUUAGCAGGAACAUAACACUGCGCAACAUAAUGGAGAGUUUCCGAUCUACCGAGCCAGAGAAGGAGGAUAAGAGCCAGAUCUUCUGUACACACUGUAUUCACUCUCCUGUACCCGCUGUUAAAUCUUGUCUGCUGUGUGAAGCUUAUCUGCUGCAUGGAGACCAUCAGGAACACCAGGUGGAGGUACUGGAGGAGGCCUUUGAAAAGAGGAAGGAGAACCUGACCAAUGCUCUGCAGAAGUUGGUGAAAAAGAGAGAGGAGAUGGAGGAAAGCAUCAAGAGUCUGCAGAAGUGCAAAAGAAAAGUACAAGACAGUACAGACGGUGUAACCAAGAGAGUCAGCACCAUAUUCAGAGACAUCAGGAGACAACUGGACAUCCUGGAGAGGAGAGUUCUUAAAGAGAUAACUAUGAAGGCGGAGAGAGUCUCAUUCCCACCCUCUGAUUUAAUUCAGGAGUUGGAGAUAAAGAAGGACGAUCUGUCCAGGGAGAUUCGUCACAUCGAGGAGAUAUGUAACAUGACGGACCCACUGACUUUCCUACAGGAAUCAGACACAGGAUUAUCUGAUAUAAUAACAGGACUAUAUGGAGCGAUUAUACCUGUACCUGCAGAAAUUUUACUGGAUUCAGACACUGCAAAUAAUUACCUAAAUAUCUCAGAUGAUAAGAAGACCGCACACAAGACAAAUAAAGAUCUGAAUCGCCCUCAAACACCAGAGAGAUUUACUGCUUCGUUUGGCAGCGGUGUUCACCAUAAUAAUUUCGGGGGGUUUCAGGGCCACCGAGUAAAGGGUAACGUUUUGUUUGCCAUGAAUCAAGCCAUCCCACAAUACACAGAUGUGAUGUCUCCUCAGGUGUUGAGCAGUCAGAGUUUCUCCUCAGGGAGACAUUACUGGGAUGUGGAUGUUGGGGGAUCGUCACACUGGAGAGUCGGGAUGUGUUACCCCAGUAUAGCCAGGACAGGAGAAGCAUCAGAGAUUGGAUGUAAUGAGAAGUCCUGGUGUCUGGAGAGGAACGGUGAUAAUUUAUUAGCGAAACAUAACAAGCAAUCAACCAAUAUAAAGGGCAAAAUUCCAAUGCACAGAGUCAGGGUGUGUCUGGAUUAUAAGGAGGGGCAUCUCUCUUUUUAUGAGUUGGAUAUUUCUAUUCGACACCUCCACACCUUCAUUGACAUCUUCACUGAGCCCCUCCAUGCUGCAUUAUAUGUAGGAGGAGGUUAUAUAAAGAUUGAUGGGCAGAAAUAG